AUGCCUCGUCAAGCACAUGGCCGGCCCUUGAAUGCAGCCAAACCGAAAAGGGCCCCGAAGAAAAGAAGAGACAGGAAUCGCCGACAGAAUGCCCUUGAGAUUGCGGAGCAAGAAUAUCCGGACGAAAUUAGAAUUCGGCAACACCGACUUGGAGAAGUUGAAGAUGAUUCAGAUGAUCCAUACGAUCGAGAGGACGUUGGUGAGAGAUCAUCAAAGAGAAGGAAGAUCACCACAGCGCAAGAAGACGAAGCUGCAGAGGAAGGCUCCGACCUCGAUGGCAACCGGUGGCAUGUCGGUGUAGAAGGCGACGAAGAGGACAGUGACAUCGAUAGUGAUGAUGCUUUUGGUCAGAGUGAUGAGGAGAGAUUUGCAGACUUUACCUUCCGUGGCACAAGCACAUCCGCCCGGCCAAAGAAGCAGGGUCAUAAAAUCGACCUGGAUGAAAGUGGAUCUGUCGAUGAAGAAGAUGAAGACUUUGGGGAUGAUGGUGUUGACUUAGCUACAGCUUGGGACAUGGACGAUGAAGCUGAGAGCGACGCAGCGACGAAGAAGAGGAAACACUCCAAUCACCUGGAUGACGAUGAUGACGAAGACGAGAGAUCAGAUUCGGAUUCUCGUGGAGAAGAUUCUUCUGCAGAUGAAGAUGAUGACCAGUCUCAGCUGUCAGUUACUGACGACGAAGGAGACCACUCUAGACUUCAGAGUUUUGUUGAAGGUCUUGCAGCCAGCGGCGAGGCUCGGGCAUCUAAAGGACAGAAGACAACUAAGAUAUUGUCAGACAAGCCCUCUCAAUUUGGCCUCAGCUCUUCGAAAAUCUCAGCUGCCGAACUAUUACACUACGUCAAAGAUACUCGCCAAAGACAGUCAUUGAAGAUUUUGCAAAACCGCGAGGUGAAAGGAAAUGAGGUCUAUCAAAACGGAAUUCCUGGAAAACUCGCUCCCCCCUUGGCCAAGCGGCAACAGGAUCGCCUUAACCGUUCAGCGGCUUAUGAGGAAAGCAAAAAGGAACUGAGUAAAUGGAUUGAGACUGUUAAGCGGAAUCGGCGUGCUGAGCAUAUCUCGUUCCCGCUUGAAGACCCUGCGGCCGCCGGUAUGUUGAACAAUAAGCAACUAGGCCCUACGUCCCAAUCGAAACCUAUGAACUCUCUUGAAUCCACGAUUCAAGACAUCAUGAUUGAGAGUGGCAUGGUGUCCAAGGGGCAUCGUUCACCUGAGGAGCAGGAACAAGCUGACGAAGAGCUUCACGAAAAGAGAAUGCCUCUGGAGGAAGUUCAAGCUCGUCGAGCGGAGCUCCGGAGAGCCCGGGAUUUGAUGUUCCGGGAAGAAAUAAAGGCGCGGCGAAUCAAGAAGAUCAAAAGCAAGGCGUACCGCCGUGUUCACCGCAAGGAGCGUGCCAAAGCCAAUCUGGAAAAUAGAAGUCUGUUGGUGGCACAAGGGUUGAUUGAUUCAGAUGAAGAACGUGAGAAGAGCCAUCGCCGGCGAGCUGAAGAACGCAUGGGUGCUCGCCACAGAGAAAGCAAGUGGGCAAAAAGUGUCAAGACUACUGGUAGAGUCGCUUGGGAUGACGAUGCCAGACAUGGAGUCGCAGACCUUGCCCGUCGAGAUGAAGAGCUUCGAAGGCGUAUCGAAGGCAAGACAGGUGGCGGCUCUGGGGAGUCUGAGUCUGAGUCGGGAGACUCCGACGAACUUUCUGGGACAGAUGAUGAGAAGGAGAGGUUACAGAUGAAGCUCACCGAUUUUGAACAAGAUGGACCAGGUUCGAUCCAAUCUCGACUUGGUUCAAUGGCAUUUAUGAAGAAAGCAGAGGCAGCAAGGAAAGCUGCGAAUGAUGAAGAAAUACGGAACAUCAGACGCAGUUUGCGAGAAGAAGAUGGUGAACUGGGUGGUAAUACAGAUAGUGAGAAUGAAGCUCCAGCUGGGCGUCGAAAGUUCGGGUACAAAACAAAAGCUGAAGAAUCGACACGUAAUACUCCCGUCCAAAGGAGCGAAUUCGAGGAACGCGAAUCGGAUAGUGAGUUCGACCAGGAAAACAAAAGGGAACUUGACGAAGAGCCAAUGGUCGAGCGCCGGUCAUCUGCCGUUAUCACGCCUCACCAACCGGUGUCUCAACCAUCCAAAACUGCCGGCACGGAAAAGGCAAAUCCAAGCACCCGAGCGUCGAAGCUGGUAAAAUCACAAAGAAAAGAAGGCAGAGUGCCAGAAACCGAGCUAAACGAGUAUACUAGCCCUUCCGAAUCCGAAGAUGAGCAAGACAGCAAAGCUGCUCUGGCACAGGCUAUAUUUGCCGGCCCCGAUGAAGUUGAGCAAGAUUUUGCACGGGAGAAGAGGGAAACCGUUGAAGAAGAGGGCGAUCAAGUCAUUGACAACAGCCUUCCGGGCUGGGGUAGCUGGACAGGCGAAGGGAUCAGCAAGAAAGCUCAGAAGCGGGCACAAGGACGCUUCUUGACCAUCACCAAGGGGGUGGCACAUGAUAAGCGACGAGAUGCCAAAUUAGAGCGGGUCAUCAUCAACGAAAAACAGGUGAAGAAGAACAGCAAGUAUCUGGCAAGCGAGUUGCCGCAUCCCUUUGAGUCACGACAGCAAUAUGAGCGAUCGCUUCGUCUUCCUUUGGGCCCUGAAUGGACGACCAAGAGCACGUUCCAGGAUGGCACCAAGCCCCGGGUAUUGUUGAAACAGGGCAUCAUCCGGCCAAUGGCGCGGCCUAUGAUAUAA